AAAGAUGUUUUCUUGGUUUUCAGGAAGAAAGACCUCUGCAAAAAUCGCUGGUGUGAAGGAAGUCAAAAUAAAUAUGUUGGCUGAAGAAAGGGGUUUGACAUUAGAAAUGACCAAGCCACCGACAGGGCCACCCGUUCAUGAUGACAACUUCAGCGGAGCCGUAUGUCAUAUGCGAGACAGUCCUUUUAGAAUAUUAAAGGUCGCCAAAUCUGGUAAUAUUGAAGCAUUUGAACGUCUUUUCUAUGAAGAUGAGUCGCGAUUGUUUCUCAAAGAUGCCAAAGGUCAGACAGUUAUGCACCACGCAGCCUCCAAGGACAGGAUUGUUAUUAUGGACUUCAUCUUGGACCAUGGCGGAGAUAUUAAUGCCAAGGAUUGUAAGGGAAACACACCUCUCCACGUCGCUGUCGAGCUGACAGCGACGGCCAGUAUUGACUACCUUAUCUACCAUGGCGCCGACACUACCAUCCUGAACGCUGAUCUCAUGGCACCCAUUCACUAUGCCGUAGACCUGGGGAACGUGGCAUCGUUAAAGACAGUUAUGCACCACGCAGCCUCCAAGGACAGGAUUGUUAUUAUGGACUUCAUCUUGGACCAUGGCGGAGAUAUUAAUGCCAAGGAUUGUAAGGGAAACACACCUCUCCACGUCGCUGUCGAGCUGACAGCGACGGCCAGUAUUGACUACCUUAUCUACCAUGGCGCCGACACUACCAUCCUGAACGCUGAUCUCAUGGCACCCAUUCACUAUGCCGUAGACCUGGGGAACGUGGCAUCGUUAAAGGCUCUGAUUAGCCAUCCGGAAGUGGACAUCGCUUUGGGUGGGGAAAACGACGGUACUGCCCUCCACUAUGCUGCCGCCAAGGACGACGAGAAAUGUGUGGAAUUGCUGUUAGAGCACAAGGCCCCGCUGUGCAAACACGACAGCAUCGGACUGUACCCUAUCCAUGUGGCAGUGAAAAAUGCGUCAGCCAAGUCUGUGGACGUGCUUGUGGAACAUGCUGAGAAGAACGGUUACACCCGGUCGCAGUUGAUGUCUUUUAUGGACAAAAAGAAGAACAUGGCGCUCCACUCUGCCGUUAAUGCGGCAAAUCUUAAGGCCGUGCAGGUGUGUCUGGCUGCGGGUGCUGACAUUGAUGCCCAACAGGAAGACAAAUCCACUCCCAUCCACCUCGCAUGUGCCCAGGGUGCUAUGGAUAUGGUGAAGCUGAUGUUUGAGAAACAACCAGAAAAGAAGCACAUAUGUAUCAAGGCCAAGGACGUCAACGGAAUGACGCCACUCCACAAGGCGGCCAUGUUUGAUCAUUUUGAACUUGCAAAAUACCUAGUAGAAGAGGGUGCCUGGGUGGAUGAGUCAGACAAGGAUGACAGGUCGCCAUUGCUGCUGGCUGCCUCGAGGUACUCGUGGCGCACCGCCGUGCUACUUUUGGAGAAGAAAGCGAAAAUAACCCUAAAAGAUAAAGAUAACAGAAAUUUCCUCCAUCUCGCAAUAGCUAAUGGCGCAAGACUGGAGGACUUCCCUUGCCAAUCUGUCAUGUGUUCGACAGACCUGAAAAUGCUAUUGAACGAUAAGGACGAGCUCGGCUGCACUCCUCUACACUAUGCCUCCAAGGAGGGUCAUCUGGCCUCUCUGGGCAGCCUGCUACAGCACGGGGCCUCCGUAAUUGUGAAAAAUAACCAGAAGGAAUCGGCCCUGCAUUUUGCCGCAAAGUACGGGCGAUUCAAUACUUGUCUUCAACUACUGAACAGUCCUGAGGGUCACAAUAUCAUCAACGAAACAGACCAAUAUGGGAAGACAGCGCUCCAUGUAGCUUGCUGCAGUGGCCACACCAAAGUUGUGCAGCUUCUUCUACAGAAGGGAGCGCUUGUAUCGGGAUGUCAUAUGGGGUUUACACCUCUCCAUCUUGCGGCCAAAAAUGGGUAUACCCAAACGAUGAAGCUGUUACUUGGCAUGCACUCACAUCUUUUAAACUUGCCCAACUCAGAAGGGAAUACCGUCCUACAUAUCGCCGCUUUGUACGGCCAGCCUGCUGCGGUAAGCCUAUUGUUGACUGAAGAGGCGGACAUCACUCACAGAAAUAACGACGACAUGACUUUCUUCGAUGUGGCCAUUGCUAAUAAGCAAAAGGAAGUGGCGCACGCUAUUGUAACACACAAAAGAUGGCAUGAUUGUAUGCACCUUCGUUCAGAAUACCAUGGGUGCCCUGGCAUGGGGAUGAUUAUCAACUUACCAGAUAUAUUUGAAGUCGUUUUAAACCAGUGCGUUACCCCAGUUGGCAAAGAUAUCAAAUCUAAAGAGUUUCACAAACACUACGACUUUAGCUAUCUGCAGCUACCGAUGGACUAUGUAAAGAAACUGAGAGAAAAUGGAACCAGCUACACACCACUUAUGUCUCUAAAUAUGAUGGUGAAGCACAAUCGUGUUGGGCUCCUGUCACAUCCACUGUGCUUGCAGUACUUGAGCAUGAAAUGGCAGGCAUAUGGAGGUUGGAUACACAUGUUUGUGCUGUUCCUUUACAUCCUCUUCCUUGCGGCUUUGACGUCACACGUCACGUACAUUCGCCCAAUGGAUCAUGACGACCCGUGGGCACAUUUUGGAGUUAACAGAACCAACGAGACACGAUACUGUAGCAGGUUUUGCCAGUCCCUUAAGUCAGGGUAUCAAGUAGCACCAUUCCAUAGGAUAGGUUUACUGUACAUUCUUGUGUUCUGUGCUCUCAACAUCAUCAAGGAAAUUUUUCAAGUAAUUCAACAGAGAGCAAAAUACUUCAUAGACUGGGUGAACUAUAUGGAGUGGAUUCUCUAUGUCACGGCAGGCAUAUUCGUCGGCCCGUACAUCUUCGAAAUUAACCUGCAUUAUCAGUGGGAAUGCGGAGCCAUCGCCAUUUUCUUAGCUUGGUUCAACCUACUUUUACAUCUCCAAAGAUUUGACGUGUUUGGCAUCUACGUUGUCAUGUUCUUAGAAAUCACGAAGACGCUGAUACAAGUGUUUGUAUUGUUUAUGAUUCUGAUCGUUGCCUUUGGACUGUGCUUCUACAUAUUGCUAUCUGAAGAAAACAACAGGUCUUUCGUGACACCAGAAAUAUCCCUUUUCCGCACCAUAAUAAUGAUGCUGGGAGAAAUCGACUCCAUCAAUUCCUUUGUCGAGCCUCUGACAGACGACUCUCCUAUCACCCAGCACUUUGGGGGUCUUACCGUGUUUUUUGUCAUCGUGUUUGUGUUACUGAUGCCCAUCCUCCUCAUGAAUCUACUGAUCGGUUUGGCCGUUGGGGACAUCGACACCGUGCAGAGGAACGCGUCCUUGAAGCGACUGGCCAUGCAGGUGGACCUGCACACGGAACUGGAGCUGAAACUGCCACAAAGAAUACUAGAGUGGGUGGACAAAAAGGAUUUGGAUAUUUACCCGAAUUCAAGACGGAAUAUGUUCAAAAGGUUUUGGAGCCGGGUUUCCGAUACAAGUUCUAACGCAGAGGGCUGCACGAGUGGCUCAUCCACUGCUGUUUGCGGCAGGUCCAUACAUGAAGAACUUCAGAAACAAAAAGCCAGGUUGAAAGACAUUUCAAGCAAUCUUGAUAAACAACAUGAGCUCAUUCGCCUGAUCGUUCAGAAGAUGGAAAUUAAAUCAGAGGCAGACUACAGGGACGAGGGUGUGCCCACUAAUCGAGACCCCGCAUAUGCCCUGAGAUCGAAUUUUCAGUGGCUGUCCUCAAAUAUGCGCGAAAAGGUCGCCCAGGCAACAGUGGUUUCAAAGUGGGUGCGAAGUAUGAGCAAAGAGGAAAAUGUUUUGGACAGAAGUAAAGAUGCUUCAUCCGAGCCAACUAAAGAAGAGAAAGAAGAGAAAGAAAAGUAG